AUGGAGUUUCAAUCUCCUAACAACUCCGGAAGGACCGUUCCUCCGAAGAGAGGUCGAAUCAAGAUCAUGAUCGCUCGCGAUCUAUUCAAAUCAGCGACCUCAGCCACCUCACCUCCCAUGAGAAGCCGAAUCAAGACCAUGAUUGCUCGCGAUCUAAUCAGAUCUGCGAUCUCAAUCGCGACCCAGAACAACUACGACCGUGACGGCAAGAGAGGAGGCUGA